GGGAGGAGAGCGGCGGGCGGGAGGCCCCCACGUGGCUGGGACGGCGCGGGCUCCUGGCGCCGGGCGGUGGGCGGUGGGCGUGCGCACUGCCGAGCGCGGGAGCGAGCCCACUCGGGGUCCUGGGGGACGGGCUGGCUCUCUGCGGUCUGCGGGCCCCGCACGAAUGCUGUCCCUGCACCUGGCACCUGCGCGCUGAGUCUGGAGAAUUAAAAACGCCCGGUAGUUUCCGAUUCCAAAACGACCUUUUGAAACGGGCUUCUGGCUCCAAAUUUGAAACUCCCCUCCCCUCUGACCCACAGCCGUGGGCUCGUCCAGGAGGGGCCGGCGGGAAAUUUGGUUUGGCGCGCUCCCUGUUCCGGGCUCACCCUGCGCUCGCGUUACCUCUGCUCUCUCCUCCGCUCGCGCUGUCAUGCCUUGCUCUGAAGACACGCUCGCGGUCUCCCCCAGCAAGCGGGCCCGGCCUGCGGAGGACGGCGCCAUGCGGCUGCGCUUUGCCCGGCUGUCGGAGCACGCCACAGCCCCGACCCGGGGCUCCGCACGGGCGGCGGGCUACGACCUGUACAGUGCGUACGAUUAUACAGUGCCACCUAUGGAGAAAACCCUUGUGAAGACUGACAUUCAGAUAGCUCUUCCUUCUGGGUGUUAUGGAAGAGUAGCUCCACGUUCUGGCUUGGCUGCAAAACACUUCAUAGAUGUAGGAGCUGGUGUCAUAGAUGAAGAUUAUAGAGGAAAUGUUGGUGUUGUACUGUUUAAUUUCGGCAAAGAAAAGUUUGAAGUUAAAAAAGGUGACCGGAUUGCACAGCUCAUUUGUGAACGAAUUUUUUACCCGGAAAUAGAAGAAGUUCAAGGUUUGGAUGACACUGAACGGGGUUCAGGAGGUUUUGGUUCCACUGGAAAAAAUUAAAAUUUAUGCCAUGAACAGAAGAUGAGAGAAAAAAAUUUUUUUUUCUUAAAAGAUUUUGCUAGUGUUUUGUAUUUCUAGAAACUUAAUAGCUUUAACUUUGAAAAACAUUUUGUUUUCUUAUGAGUAAGGACAAGGGUACCUCUGGGAUCACAUAAAAACUUUGCCGUGUUUUUCUACUGUGGACAGCUGUGGACAGUCAUAUGUAAAUCUGCUUUGUGGUGAACUAAUGCAGAGUGACAUUUUGUUUUGUUUGUUUUAAUUAAAAAGUUGUAUUUAACUCAGUAAAUGGUAUCCCUUUAAGCAAUGUCUUUUAUUUAAAAAUAAAUAAAUAAACUGUGCUUCUUAUUCAAUAAACUUACAUUCUUUUGCAAA